AUGGCAAAGAAAGAAUCAAAAGGUUGGCAAAAGAUAAAAAUGGCUAGGAUUAAAAAUUUAAGUCACAGACAAGUUACUUUCUCAAAAAGACGAUUAGGCCUUUUUAAAAAAGCUAGUGAAAUAUGCACUCUAUGUGGUGUAGAAGCCAUCAUUAUCGUCUUUUCUCCAGGGCAAAAAAUCUUUUCUUUUGGACAUCCAAAUGUUGAAUCUAUUGUGAAUCGUUACCUGAAUCAUACACCAUGUCCUCAAACAUCAAAUAACAAUGUGAAAAUUGAGGAUAGCCAUGUUGAACAAAGCUCCACUACUAUGGGUGAAUUCAACUCACAACUAACCAAAAUUCUUGACCUCCUUGAAGCUGAAAAGAGUAGGGGAGAAAAUUUCAAAAGCUUUAAGAGGAAGUCUAGCCAAUGGUGGUGGGAGGCACCUAUUGAUAAACUUGGUUUAUAUGAACUCGAGAUUUUGGGGGCUUCUAUGGAGGAUAUUAAGAAAACAAUUUAUAUCGCUUAA